AUCAAAUUGAUUCUAACAUAUUUGAUGAGAAGCGGCCAUUUUAAAGAAGUAUUUUCAAAACAUUGUCUCGGCAUAUUUAUGUUAAGGUUUAAAUAAUGAACCUUACAAAGUGAAUAUAUGGAAUUACUCUUGAUGGAAAUGUAACAAUCAUUGCUAAACCAUGAGUAGCUGGACUGCCUUCAAGUCACAGUUUGACAAACUAAAGUCCCACACUGCUUCAUGUCAAGUGAAAACUGAGAAAAAUGACACAGACAGUAUUACUAUAACAGAUCACACUAGCUGGAUCAACCGAAUAGGAGAUGCUGGCAACAAGCCUGGGGAUUGGUAUGACUAUAUCAAUCUAGUGAAGUCACAAGUCGGAACCAAGGAUGCUGUUGCAAGACACAAUUUGCUGUCCUGUCUGUAUGAUAGGGCCUUUAAGGCCAUAUCGUCUGCAGAUAACAAGAGAAAUGAGACCUAUGCCAAAUUAUUUUUAGAUUAUGCCCAAGUCAAGAGUGAGUACAGCCCCGACGAGGCUGAAGCGUUGCUGACAUAUGCCAGGUCAAUUGUGCGCAGAUUCUCCAUUGUACAUACUGCAGCGGCCGAGUUUGAAGUCAGACAAGGUAAUGUGUCAAAAGCCAAGAAGAUUCUGGAGAAGGCACGGCUUAUAGAAGCUGAACCGAAGGAGUUAGUGAGAGAGGCUCUGCGGAACUUAGAGAACGGGAAGACCAGACUCACGUCCACGGAGAGUGCUGUGCCAGCUGAGAGUAAAAGACACUGCAGUGUGGGGAGCAGUGCUAUCAGUAAGGAAGCUACAGAUGAGGUGAUGCCAGCCAAAGUGACCCCACCUGAAGAGUCAGCGCAAUCGCACACCACAUCAUGCGUUACGGGUGACGACACUCUGAAUGGUAACUUGACAACUGAUGCAGCCAGCCUGUCCCACCUUAAGUCAGUCAUACAGAGUGCCAGCAAGGGACCGCUCCGGCACUGUCUGAGUACGCCAGAGUGUCGCCAGAUGACCAAGACAUCUGAUUCUGUCCCUAACUGGAAGAGGCCACUUGGAACAUCGAAAAUUGGGCUUCCGAUGAGAGUGAAGAAGAUGAGUCUACCAUUCAGCAAGAAGGAAGAUGAUAUUGAUCUGGAGGAAGAGAAAAAUAUUGACAGUAUCAAGCCUCUUCCCUCACAUCCACAGGAGAAUGAGACAUUUGGCUCCCAUGCCCACACUUCAGGUUACCUGUCAAUGUCACAGAGUGAUGUGACAGUUCCCAUGGAAACAGAUGGGAAGGCUGCUCAAUCAUGUGACUUCAAGGAACCAAUGAAAUACAGGACCCCACUGGCAUCCUCCACUCACCAUAACAUCAAAGACAAACCCGGAAGCCAGGUGGCGCCGGCGAGCUUCAUGGACUUGAGUAUAGUAGAGAAGCCGAAGCUCGCCAUGUCUAGUGUUGAAUGUAAGAAACGUCUUGCCCCGCCUGAGUGCGCUGAGUCCGCCAGCGACCGAGAAUGUGAUAAGAAAAGGACUGAGAGAAAAGACAGUGAUUCUAAGUGUGCUGCACAGCAAACAGAUUCGUCUGUGAAGGAGCCCCAAGCGCCAAGUAUUCAGCCACCCUCCCUACCUACCCCCAACAUUCCCACUCAGCCUCCUGUGGGUGUUGCUGCUGUGACGAAGAUGUCCACACCCUGCAUGAAGAACCGACUGGGCGAGAUGGCAUCACUGACUCCAAGCAUGAGCCCUGUGGAUACUGUGACAGUCAACGGUCAGCAGUACUUCAUCUGGAAGCUGGUCGGACGAGGGGGCUCAGCAAAGGUGUACCAGGUGUUUGACACCCAGAAGAACACCAGGGCCUUGAAGUGUGUUGACCUGGAAGAUGCCAAUGAGGUCGUGGUCAAUGGUUUCAAGAAUGAGGUGCGCCUUCUGAAGAAACUUCAGUACUGCAAGAGUGUCAUCAAGAUGUAUGAUUUCGAGCACAAUGAGGAGCUCAACAAACUUUUUGUGUUGAUGGACUUCGGAGAGACCGACAUGGCCACGCUCUUCAAGAGCCGUAUCCAGAGUGGCGAGGGGAUAGAACCCCACAUGAUCCACUUCUACUGGAAGGAGAUGCUGACAGCUGUACAUGCACUCCAUAAAGAAGGUGUGAUCCACUCUGACCUGAAACCAGCCAACUUCAUGAUGGUGGCGGGGAACCUGCGACUGAUUGACUUCGGUAUCGCCAAUGCCGUGCAGCAGGACAAGACCAGCAUCUUCCUCAACACACCCAUGGGGACUCUCAACUAUAUGAGUCCGGAAGCCAUCAUGGAAUCCUUUGAAGGAUCCGACGGUGGGAGUGCCAGUGACAGGGUUAAACCGACAUAUAAGAUUAGUGUUAGAAGCGACAUUUGGUCGCUCGGCUGUAUCCUGUACAACAUGGUGUACGGCAAGACGCCCUUCCAACACAUCCGCAACCAGCUGGGCAAGCUACAAGCCAUCACAAACCCUCAACACAAGAUAGACUUCCAAGACAUAGCUAACAAGAAUCUCCUAGAUGUCCUAAAGAAAUGUUUGACGAGAGACCCCAAGUCGAGACCUAACACUGAUGAGCUUCUGGCCCAUCCUUACUUGAUGGAGGACAAAGAAAAGAGCCCUGCUCCCUUAGCCCUGACCAAGGCGAUGAAGGAUGCCCUGCUGCAGAUCAGCAACGCCUCGCCCCGCAGUGCACAGUCUCUGACACAGGGCCUACUGCAGCAGUUGGAGACCGGAGGGAAGAUUGAUCUUAGUACACUGCCCAGCAAAACUCUCUCACAGGACCAGCCUGUCGUACUGUCUCAAGCACCUAGACCAUGUCUGGCCAGUGACCAGCCAGCGGUCGGUGUCAAGGAGAAGCCUGUCGGCAUCAAGCAGGAGUCCGGGGCUGUCAAAGUACGAGCACCCCUUCAGUGUAUCAACGUUCACCAGAAAUAGAUAAUGGUCUUGUGUAAAUAUGUAAUUACAAAUGUUAGACUCGAAAUGUCAAUAGCUCCCAACAACUGGGGUCUGGCAAUCUAUUGUACAUGUGAUCCAAUGUAUGUAGAAAAUAACUUGUGGAAAAUUUUAAACUUGCUUGUAUGGAAAGUGCUGUCUGUGCAAUUCUCUUCUGCCUGAACAACCUGCCUUGCUCUUGGUAUCCUGUAUUGUCUUGUCCGUCAUAAAAUAAUGCAAAGAU